UUCAUCGUCCUUUUCAUUCUCCAUUUGAGUUCAGCCAUACAUAGUCGUAAUUAAUCAGUCUUAUUAUUCCUCUGCUUGGCUGUUUUACUGUAUUCAAUAUUACGUGUUUCGUCUUGCAGAUCGCCAUGGAUGAGAGAAUGAGAAGGGUUGCUCAAGCAGGAAAUAUCGACGCCUUGUAUGCACUGAUUCAAGAGAAUCCAUUCGUUUUGGAAAGCUUUUAUGAAUUCCCUUAUGUUGACACUCCAUUACAUUUAGCUGCCUUUGAAGGGCACAUUGAUUUUGUUUUGGAAAUGAUGAACUUAAAGUCAUCAUUCGCAAGAAAGCUAAACCCUGCAGGGCUUAGCCCGCUGCAUCUUGCCUUGCUAAAUCACCAACCUCUUGUAGUACGUGAGCUCGUGAGAGUUGAUAAAGAUCUCAUUCGCGUCAAAGGGAGGGGCGGUUUAACCCCUCUGCAUUUGGCAACCGAACUAGGAGAUCUCGAUCUUGUAGCUGAAUUUCUCGAGGCUUGUCCCGAAUGCAUCACGGAUGUGACUAUUCAAGGUGAGACUGCCCUACGAAUCGCUGCCAAAAACAAUAGCUUUGAAACCCUGGAACUCCUAGUUCGUUGGCUUCAAAAGACUACUCACAAAGAUAGUGAUGUUUGGAAUAAACAAGUUCUGAACAGGAAGGAUAAGCAAGGAAACACAAUUCUACAUAUAGCUGCAUCCAAUAAUCACCCCAAGAUGGUAAAAUUGUUAUUAGAAUGUAAGAUCAGCAAGAACGAAAUCAAUUUGAAUGGCCGAUCAGCUUUGGAUAUGUUAGAAGGCCAACUUAACAACAGCCAAACCAGGCACAUUCUUCAUCAAGCUGGAUGUCUGAAAGCUGAAAGAAUUCCUGCACGUCGGACAUUAGCAGAGUCUUUUAGAUUGAAAAUGUCGUGGUCGGAAACAUUCCGAAGAACUGUGGCUUGUCAGAACAACAAGAUAUCUGGCGAUAUGCGGAAUGCUAUGCUAGUAGUAGCUGUAUUGAUCCUAACAUCUACCUACCAAGCAUGCCUCAGUCCACCUGGAGGUCUGUUGCAGGGGAACAAUGAUUCCAUUAUACAUCGGACACGAAUCAUAAGGGUCAAAUCUAAUUCCUCUUCCUCUGGCAGUAGUGAUGAGUUGUGGGUCUCAGUCCUGCCAAACAGUGAUUUUGCUUGCUUCUAUUUUAUAAAUGCUGCAACUUUCUUUGCAACAACCUGCGUAGUGUUCUUCCUGCUUCCUGAUGAAACCAUAAAUCUGCUUACAUUACCAGUCCUAUUAUUCAUUCUCUGCUUCUCGUUGCUAAUGAUAUACGUAGCUCCGCCUUUCCCAAUUACAAUUCCUUUUUUAAGUCUGCUUCAACCACUUUCACCUAUUCUCGUUGCUGCCAUCAUCUUCAUUCUCGUGUGUUCGCCUAAGUUUUUGGUCCUUUAUCUCCAAUCCAGAAGGAGAUAAGUGUUUUUCUUCAUUCUUGUUUGUUUCACCUAAGUCUUUGUAUCACCAAAUUAUCUAUUGAAUAUUUUCUCCAUCUAACUACAUUUUCUAUCAUUUGAUUUUGAA